UCUCUAUUAUAUUAUAUCCUAUAUUGUAUCGUAAUCAUACCUAACUUAUACUUAGGUUUCUCAGAAAGUGAUAAAUAAUCACUCAGCAAUCAGCCUAGAAGAACUCUUUAAAUCUACACCACAAGACAAAUGUCAGCAAGACCUAUUUAAGAAGAGGGAAAAAAGAAAAGGAAAAGGAAGCAAACAUGUCUGGAACCAUAGAAAACCAAGUUGGUGAAGAGGAUGAGGCAUGCAUCCAAGCCAUGCUAAUCUCCACCACGCCAAUAUUUUGUUGGGUCCUAAAAGCAGCCACUGAUCUUGACUUGUUUGGGAUCAUUGCCGGAGCAGGGCCCGCUGCUUGUAUGACACCCACAGAAAUUGCUUCGCAGCUUCCAACACAGGACUCGGAAGCGCCUUAUCGGUUGGAUCGUAUGCUGCGCCUUCUUGCUAGUCACUCCGUUUUGACAUGCUCUAUCCACACACUUGAAGAUGGUAGGGUUGAGAGACUCUAUGGACUCACACCAGCCUCUCAGUUCCUUUUUGAAAAAGAGGAUAGAGGGUCCGUGGCUUGUCUUUCAGCUUUCUAUUCACACCGAGCCGUUUACGAGGUCAGCAUGCAUAUGAAGGAUGCAAUCCUUGAAGGUGGGAAUCUAUUUAAGAAAGUCCAUGGAAUGCCCAUGUUUCAGUAUAUGGAUGGGGAUCCAACUUUCAAGGAGAUGUUCUUCAAGAUAAUGGAUGAUCAUUCCACAAUGAUUAUGAAGAAAAUUCUUGAGGUAUACCAAGGAUUCGAGGGGCUAAAGUCAUUGGUUGAUGUUGGUGGCGGAAUUGGGAAAUGCAUGAAUAUGAUCAUUUCCAAGAACCCUACCACUAAAGGCAUUAACUUUGAUUUGCCACAUGUGAUACAAAAGGCACCAUCUUAUCCCGGUAUUGAGCAUGUCGGAGGAGAUAUGUUUCACAAUGUACCUAAAGGAGAUGCAAUUAUGAUUAAGUAUAUACUUCAUGAUUGGAGUGAUGAGGAUUGCAUGAAACUUUUGAGAAAUUGCUAUGAAGCGCUACCAAAUAAUGGGAAGGUAGUUAUUAUCGAGCUACUCAUGCAAGAAGCGCCAGAUUCAAGUACGAGUUCUCAAUAUGUCUCUCGCCUUGACAAUGGCAUGUUGUUAUACCUUGAAGGGAAGGAGAGAACUGAGAAAGAAUUUGAGUCACUGUGCAGGGGAUCUGGAUUUUCUAAGUUUAAGGUUGUUUGCUGUGCCUAUGCUGUUUGGGUAGUCAUGGAAUUCCAUAAAUAAUUAUACGCUCCUUAGCUUGUUGCGCUUAUGCUUUGGUUGGUAUUGUAUCGUCUCUUUGUCCACUCCAUCUCAUGUAUAUGUUUGUUGUGCCCGAAAGUUAAUAAAUAAUUAUU